AGCAAUUUUAGCACUGUGCUGCCAGCUGAGCAUUUCCUGUUUCAGGCACAGUGCAGUGGAGUUUCUGUUGCGUCUUAGAGGCUAGCAUUUUAUCAACUGGAGCACAUGCACACAGACACAUGCACAGAGCACCGGAAAGCAGCCUGCUAUCAUUUUUCAGUUACACAGCUCCACAGAAGAUGUUCUGAAACUCUUCUUUUCUUCAGCAGCUACUACAGCAGGCCCAUGGACUUCUGACUGGCUCCAGGGUCUUCAUCUGUGGAUCUUCAUUUGUGGUUAAAACGCUUUAUGCAGGUCAUUUUAUUUUUGCUGCUGUACUGGGAUGGUUUGGUUCUAUGUGGCACCACAUAGAGCAUCGUAUACAGCCAUGCAGCCCGAGGACCCUGUGCGUCAGGACAUGCAGUUUUACUAUGUGGGUGACCACACGUGGGCCACCAUGUUGGGUCAGAGUGUGAAACUGCAGCCAGUGGCCAUUCAGAACCUGUCGGAGCUGGAGCGAGUGCGUCUGCAGGAAGUGGCUCUCUAUCACCUGGAGGAGCGCGACCUGGACUUUAAAAUCAGCAUUCCCAGAGAGACUCGCAAGAGGAGGAAAUCGCUCAGAAGAAAGUUUGAUUCAUUUUCCAAGGAGAAGAAGGAGCGAGAAACAGCCUCCAAGGCAUUUGGGAUCCCUCUGUCCCAGGUGAUCGCCAAUGACCGCGCCUUUAAGCAGCGACAGGAUGCUCUGAAGGAGAGCCGCAGGGACUGUCUGGAGCUGGAGGCCAGUGUUAUGCGCUUCAGGGCAGAGAAAUGUCAACAGAACGGCAGAACAGCCACGGCUCCUGGUGCCUCAUCCUCAUCAGUACUGGAGCUCCAUAACAAGCCCCUCUCCCCCACCUUCCUGGACAACAGCUCACGCAGUCACAGACGGGGUGGCAUGUCGGUGGACUCUAUCUCUGACUUGGUCGAGAGUCAGUCCAGGCUGCUGGAGGCUCUGCAGCUCUCUCAUCCUAAUGAGCUGGACAUCAAGAAGACAUCGACAGGCCGGACGCAGGGCAAAUUGAGUCUGAACCCCAUCUACAGACAGGUGCCCCGGGUCAUGGAGCGCUGCUGCCAACACAUCCUCACCUACGGGCUGCAGACGGUGGGGAUUUUCCGAGUGGGCAGCUCCAAAAAGAGAGUGCGCCAACUGCGUGAGGACUUUGACAGUGGGACAGAUGUUUUGCUGGACGAGGAGCACAGUGUUCAUGACGUGGCAGCUCUGCUUAAGGAGUUCCUGAGGGACAUGCCUGAUCCCCUGCUUCCCCGAGAACUCUACUGUGCCUUCCUGCAUGUUAACCAUUUGCGGGGAGCUGAUCAGUUGAUGUAUUUGCAGCAGCUGUUGUAUCUGUUGCCUCCAUGUAACUGUGACACACUGUUCAGACUGCUGAGUUUACUGCACACAGUCCAGGAGCACGCUCAUGACUCCAGUGGCCCUGACCAGCAGGAGGUACCGGGUAAUAAGAUGACGGCAGCAAACCUGGCUGUAAUCUUUGGGCCAAAUCUUCUGCAGAAGGAGAGAGGAGGAGAUAAGGACCUGAGCCCACAGGCAAUGGGCAUAGAGGACAGCGCUGCCAUCAUCUCUGUCACCCUGCUGCUCAUCCAGCACUACAAGCACCUCUUCACGGUGUCUGCAGAGCUCCAGCAGGAGGUGCUUAUGAGUCUAAUUCAGACUGACCCAGAUGUCAUAGACUACCUACUACGCAGGAAACUCAGUGGCAGUAAUGUGACGGUGGAGCCAGAUGUUGGGGCCCGCAGGGACACUCAGACAUCUCUGGACUCGGGUCGGUCCAGUGAUGACCUGUCCCCAGUAGAGUCUAUUUCUCCUCUGUUUGGGGACUCGGCCAGUAGAGGCAGUCUGAGCAGUGAGGUUUUCUUUAAUGUGCUGCGCCUCAACACCAACAGAAAACGUUCUUCAGAGACUCCAACAAAGUCUAUAGCCCAGAUGCGGCAGUUCCACUCCCACCACAACCUGCUGAGUCUCACUCAGCCUUCCAGCCACCUCCUGGUCGAUGAACGAGAGGAGCAGGAGCAGGGAGGUGGCUUCAUGAGGCAACCUUGUCCAGGAGAGGGCCAGCAUGACGGUGGCUCCCAGCCCCAGAGCCCUAAAGAGCGGAGUGUGUGGGUGCGACAAGGCUCCAACGCCUCCUCCACCACCUCAGAAGACAGCAAGCAGCCAAGCAACUUCUGGGACUUUUUCACUGGCAAGAUAACCAUGAUCAGAAGAAGUCCAUCUCUCCAAAACUUCUUCAUCGACCACUCUCAGUUAGAGAAGAGUUGAAUGGGAAGGAACGGUAAGGUGAACUCUUUUUUAGAAAGCACAAGGACAUUUUUCUACCGUCUACAGUUUUUUUUUUUGUUUUUGUACUUUGGGAGAACUCUUUUGUGGAAGAGCGGAGCAGCACAGUCUCAAAGCCGAAUGCUGACAAUGUGAUGCAAUGAUGAACCACAACAGAGCAAUAUUUCUCUGAAACCUACACUGACCCAUCUCCACUAACAUGAUGGCUCCAAGCUAGUUUAGUAUUCCUUUAAAGGGGAACGCCACAGACUUUUCAGAAUUUCUACAUAGUUAAAUAUUUGAGAUGUAAACGUCAUUCAGAUUUGUUUGGCAUACUUUCCUCUGGUCUAGAGAAACUUACAGACUUAGAAUUAUUCACAGUGGUGGUGAUAGGAACCAGACGCCUGAUGCCUCAAAAGCAUACAUGCAGCACGAAAAGUCACCACACAAAAUGGCCAGAAAUACACAACCUGAUGCCUGAAAAACGGUUUUACAAUAGUUGCGUGAUAAAGUUUUGGCCUAGAACUAUUUUUUCAUAUUUUUUCAAAUCCAUUCAUGGCAUUUUUCACUAUCACCAAAGAUACCAAGGAAAACUUUUUACUACUUUACCAUUAUCAACGUUACGUAUAAAUACUCAGAAGACACGUGUAGAUUCACCGAUCAUUUUGAAUAGCAAAUGUCUAUAUUGACCACCACUCUGAAUAAAAUCUUAGUCAGUAAUGCAAUAUUUCACAUCAAAUCACUGAACCAAAUAAAUUAUGCCAAAAUUUGGAAAAAUCAGAGGAAGUCAUACUAUCAACAUCUAAGAGGCUAUGUUAGUAUCCAGACAAGACCACAUUCUUUUUUAAGUCUGAGGACAGAAGACUAUUGGAACAUGCACCAUUUGAUUUAGCAGGUAAAUUGUUGCAGCCGAAGGAGACGAGGACUGCUGAAACUUUGUGAAAACUGUAUAUUAUUAUUAAUAUUGUUAUGGCUAUUCAUACUGCAUAACCCUCUCAGCACUUUGUCUAUAUCUAUACAACACCAUGAGCUUUGAAUAAAAACAUUACUGUGAAACA